UCUCUUAUGAUCAUCAGCUUUCUCUCUCUCUCUCUGCUCUAAAAGACACAUAAAUCAUAAUAAUAAUAAUAAUAAUAAUAUAUCAGAAAUAUAAUUAAGAUUAGAGAUUUAGAAGAAAGUGAGUUCAUUAAUGGAGGGGAUUAGUAGUAAUGGAGGAGGAUUAGCAGUAAGUGUAGUGUCUGUAUUAGUAGUAGUGGUGUUAUUUGCAGGUGGUGACGUGUCAGGCAGAGUGGUGCCUCAGCCUCUACAACCUAAUUAUUUGAACAAGAACAUUUAUGACACUUCCAAAUAUGGGAUUUGGCAGCUCGGGAAUGGCUUGGCCAACACUCCUCAGAUGGGGUGGAAUAGCUGGAACUACUUUGCCUGUGAUAUCAAUGAGGAAGUCAUCAGGGAGACAGCUGAUGCCCUGGUGUCGACUGGCUUGGCCAAGUUAGGUUACAAUUAUGUCAACAUAGACGAUUGCUGGUCUGAACCCGAGCGUGAUUCCAAGGGUCAGUUAGUCCCGGAUUCUAAGACCUUCCCGUCGGGGAUAAAAGCUCUCGCCGACUACGUCCACGCGAAGGGCCUCAAGCUCGGCAUCUACUCCGAUGCAGGGGCUUAUACUUGCCAAGUCCGGCCGGGAUCACUCUUUCAUGAAACCGAUGAUGCGAAGCUCUUUGCCUCAUGGGAAGUUGAUUACUUGAAGUACGACAAUUGUUUCAACCUCGGAAUAGAUCCGGAGAAGAGGUAUCCCCCGAUGCGCGACGCCUUGAAUGCAUCCGGACGAACGAUGUUCUAUUCGCUCUGCGAAUGGGGCGUGCACGAUCCCGCCGUGUGGGCUGGCAAAGUCGGGAACAGCUGGAGGACGACGAACGACAUCAACGACUCGUGGGCAAGCAUGACAGAAAUCGCCGAUAUCAACGACAAGUGGGCAGCCUACGCCGGGCCGGGCGGAUGGAACGACCCCGAUAUGUUAGAAGUCGGCAACGGCGGGAUGACUUACGACGAAUAUCGCGCACAUUUCAGCAUCUGGGCGUUGAUGAAGGCACCACUCCUGAUCGGUUGCGAUGUUAGAAACAUGACAGAGGAGACACUCGAGAUCCUUACUAACGACGAAGUCAUUGCCGUGGACCAAGAUCCACUGGGAGUUCAGGGAAGGAAGGUUUCCGCAAACGGGCCCGAUGGAUCGUAUCAGGUGUGGGCAGGUCCUUUGUCGGGGCACCGCAUUGCCGUUGUCUUAUGGAAUCGAGGGUCGAGGGCUGCGAGGAUCACGGCAAAAUGGGAUUCUAUCGGGCUCGAGUCCUCGACACGCGUCGCAAUUAAAGAUUUGUGGAAGCAUGAACUUGUGUCGAAGAACAGCAUUGGCUCGUUCAGCGCCCGCGUCAACUCCCACGCAUGCGAGAUGUACAUUUUCACGCCAUCGGGUGUCGCCGCCGCUGCCAGUUAAUCCUAGCCGUUGAUGCUGUGAUCAUCGGAUAGACCGAUGGAUGGAUGGAUUAUGUAUCCUUGUUGUUUCAAAGUCUUUUUUGUUACUUGUGUUUGGGUGACAUGUUUGUUGUAUUAUUAUUGCUAUUUGUGUAAUGUGUCUUGAUUGGAACUAUUUUCUCUAU